AUGUCUCUCGUCAUAGCAACGCCUAAAUUGGACAAUAAGUGCACACUAGGUAUUCGAAGGUGCUUUUGUAAUAAGUAUUCGUGUGGGGUGGGCGAGUGGGGUGGCAGCGGCCGAGCGGCGGAAUCAAGGGCGCGGGGUGGGCGGGGGCGAGGGGGCGAGGGGGGUAGGGGAUGCUGCGCGGCGGACGCGCAGAUCAAUAUCUCACGUUGCCGGGGCGACGCCGUGCCAGACCGAGUGCCUCCCGUGCUACACCCUCGCACACCCACCCCCCAUCUGCCCACUACUCGCUUAUUUAAUACAUGCCCUAUCUGGGAUGGGAGCUUUUUCAUGCUAAAUGACAGGGCAGCG